GCCUUUCUCUCCCGUUCUCUAGAAAUUUUGUUCCCUCUUACUCUUCUUAUUUCUUCAUCGUCUUCGGAGUAAUGGGUUCCGGAGAAAAAAUCCUCAAGAGCGUCCAUUCAAACCGUCCCAAUAACGUGAAAAGCAAUAGCAAACAUGGGAUCAAAGAUGUGCCAAAAGGGUGUUUAGCAAUCAAAGUGGGAUCAAAAGAAGAGGAGAAACAGAGAUUUGUUGUUCCUGUUUUUUAUUUUAACCAUCCAUUGUUCAUGCAACUCCUAAGGGAAGCAGAGGAAGAGUAUGGAUUCGAGCAGAAAGGUACCAUCACAAUCCCUUGCCACGUGGAAGUUUUUCGAUAUGUUCAAGACAUGAUCAACAGAGAGAGAUCGCUUGAUGAUGAUGAUGAUGCAAGCAAGCAAACGGGUUGUGGAGCCAAACACGGCCUAACCCACAAGAUUAGGAGUAGAAGUUCUAGUGGUGUUUGGAAAUAUCCAUAA